AUGGAGACGGAGCAGCCGUCGAUGCCGGGCGCAUUUCCGGGAUCUGGAGACAACAUCCCCGCCAGCAGGACCCCGAAGAGACGCUUCGUGGGGAGGAGGACCGCAGAAGCGCAGGCAAGACAGAGACAAGAUGCAAGUUCGUCAGUGGAGGAGACGACUGCUGUCGUUGCGAGAGCCCAGCGCAAGACGCCGCGGGCUUUGAAUCAAGUGCCACAAGACAUCCUCGACGACGCCGACAUCCAGGCCGCCGUCGGCUUACUACCUCACAACUACAGCUUCGAGAUACCAAAAACCAUACACCGAAUCCGGACUCUGCAGGCGAAAAGAGUCGCCCUUCAAUUCCCGGAGGGCCUCCUUAUGUUCGCCACCACCAUCUCCGACAUCCUGACGCAGUUUUGUCCCGGGACGGAGACUCUCAUUAUGGGCGAUGUCACAUAUGGCGCAUGCUGCAUCGAUGACUACACAGCGCGAGCCUUGGGCUGCGAUCUGCUGGUCCAUUACGCCCACAGCUGCCUGAUACCGGUGUCGUCCAGCAAGAUCGCCACCCUCUACAUCUUCGUGGACAUUUCUAUCGACAUCAAACAUCUGGUGAGCACACUGUCUCGAAACAUUCCGCCGGGGAAAACGAUCGCCAUGGUGGGUACAAUCCAAUUCAACUCCACCCUGCAUACAAUCAGACCGGCGCUCGAGGCCGAGGGUCUGAAGUUGGUGGUGCCCCAAGUCAUGCCAUUGAGCAAGGGCGAAGUGCUGGGCUGUACCGCUCCCAAAAUCACUCCAGAUGCAAACGUUGAUCUGAUACUCUACCUGGGAGACGGCCACUUCCACCUGGAAGCUGCGAUGAUUGCGAAUCCCGAUAUUCCUGCCUAUCGAUACGACCCAUACUCGCGCAAACUGACCCGAGAGACAUAUUCCCACGAGGAGAUGCUGGCCAUGCGAUCUGCUGCCAUCAACACGGCGAAAAAAGCAAAGAAGUGGGGUCUGAUACUGGGUGCUUUGGGGCGGCAGGGAAAUCCUCAUACAAUGACCAUGAUUGAAAGCCAUCUGAACGAACAGGGCAUACCAUAUGUCAACCUUCUCCUCAGUGAGAUCUUCCCGGGGAAGCUGGCCCUGUUCGAGGACGUGGACUGCUGGGUGCAGAUUGCCUGUCCUCGGUUAAGCAUUGACUGGGGCUAUGCGUUUCCUCGACCGUUACUGACGCCGUAUGAGGCUUUGGUGGUGUUGGGCGAGAGACAAGGCUGGGAAAAGGAAGGUGGAACAUAUCCGAUGGAUUUCUAUGCCAACAAUGGACUGGGCAGGGUGACAGAAAAGCUUGCUACCCGAGUAGGGAUCUCUGUGUGA